AGAUACUGAGAUACAAUAGAUAUAUGGAAAAAUAAAUAAUAUUUUUAACAUCUCUUUUUAUUUUUUCUUAGUCGCGUUUGGUCCGUGUGGCUAGUCCUAUAAAACCCUCCCUUCUCUUCCAAACCAAAAUCCAUAUCGUUAAACAACACUCUCUAAUACCAAAAAAACUUCUCUCUUCAAACUCUCACUCUUACAUAUCAGUUAACCCAAGUUUCUUUUCUAGUUAACCAUGGCUGAAGAGAACAAGAGCCACGAUUACGAGGGUUCAUCCGUGGAGACCAAAGAUCGUGGACUAUUUGAUUUCUUGAAGAAAGAUGAUCACAAGGAGGAGGAAAAGAAGGCUGAUCACCAUCAUCAUGAUGCUGCUAUAAGCUCCGAGUUCACUGAGAAGGUCAAAGUGUCUGAACAACACGAACCUGUUAAGUCUUCUCAUGAACCAGUCAACUAUUUCAACGCUGAAGAAACUGUUAAUGAAGAAGAAAAGAUGAACCCAAAUCCAGCUAAACUCCACCGUUCUCACAGUAGCUCUAGCUCUUCUAGCGAUGAGGAAGAAUGUGAAGGAGAAGAGAAAAAGAAGAAGAAGAAGAAGGGAAUUAAGGAGACACUAAAGGAAAAAUUCUCAGGUGAAGAUAAAAAGGAGGAAGAGAAGGUUCAUCAACAUCAUGUGGACACAAGUGUGCCUAUUGAGCACGAAGUUGAAGCUCAUCACACAACACACGAAGGUCCUCAUGGGUACACAUCAACAGAGACUGUGGUGACCCCUGUUCCCAACCCAGAAGAGAAGAAGGGUUUCCUUGAGAAAAUCAAGGAUAAACUACCUGGUCAGCACAAGAAAGAGGAAGAGGUAGCAGUGGUGACAUCACCAGCAGCACCACCACCACCAGUUCACCACGACCAGCCCCAUUACUCAUCAUCGCAUGAUCAUGAUGAUCAUCAUGAAGGUGAGCCUAAGGAGAAGAAGGGUAUUUUGGAGAAGAUCAAGGAAAAGCUUCCUGGGUACCAUUCCAAGACUGAGACUACUGAAGAAAAGGAAAAGGAAAAGGAAAAGGAGAGUGGUUCACAUUAUUAAGAAAAAGCUUGGCUCAUACGCUGGCCAGUAUUUUGGUUUGAUAAAAUGAUGGUGUGGUUUGUUUGUUAAUUAAUUAAAAAUCCUAUCUUUCAUGAUGGGUCCUAUUCUGCUUUCUUUCUUUCUUUUUUUCUUUCCAUUUCUGUCUGAAAAAAUAUAUAUGUAAUAUAAGUGCUUUAUUGUGUACUUAUACAUAUAUGUAUGAAUGUUUAAAAUUCAUGAUGUAUUGAAAAUUUGGACUUUCUUUUGUAUUUAUAAUGUAUCUUCUUUUCUUUUUUUUGCUGAA